AUGACGCUGUACAACAUCACGUCACAAUCGGCUGGGAUCAGUCUCGAGAGGUCAGCCAGAUUCAACAGAGAGCUCAACUUCCUCUACAAGUUCACUUACUGUCCCGUUGCUGAGUUCAAUGAUAAGAAAUGUAUUGGCCAGCACGAGACGAUCCUCUUCAAACACGAUGAGUACUUUGUAGAGAUGGACAACCUGCAGAAGAACCAGGUGUACAUGAUGGAUCUGGAGCCUCUCUCACCGGCCGACAUAAACUUCAUCGUGGGGGUCUAUAGAAACAAAAAGAAAUUUCUAGAAAGGAAAAUGACUGCCUUAGAUUGUUCUCGAUUUGUGAAUUAUAAAGAGCAGUUGAGCACUAGAACACGCAAUCAGCAGAAGCCGUUCAAGUUCUCAUUCAUCUCUGCACAGCUGCAAGCCCUCAACAAUGUUAUUGUACUGUGUUUUAAGCAGGAGUCCGAGCAAAGGAGAUUGCACAGGUCCUUUGUUAAACGACAACUUCCAUACAAUGGUCUGAAGAGUGCCGCGUGGCAAGAUGGUCUGUCAGGGAAGGGAGUGAAAUCUCAGAAAAGUUUGUACUUCAGGACGGCACUGCAGGAUGCCAGCGUGCAACAUCGCAGGUCACAGCCAGAAAAGUACGCCAUCAUCAUCCUCUCCUGCCUGCUGGUUGCCAUCAUCAUUGGAUUCGUCAUCGUGUUCAAGUUAGAAUUGCCUGGUGUGGUCGUUUCGUUGGUGUUGUGUGUGUUCGAGCUACUCUUCGCUGGUGUUAAACCGCACACCGCCCGCCAAGACAGUCCAGCGAUGAACAUCAAGUUGGCGUUCAACAAUUACGAAGAGCCUGACGAGAUGCCGCAGAAUAUACUACCCCUGCUGAAAAACGAGGACACUACCAGCAACAACAGCGAUACCAUCAACGUCAUCUCCCACAACAACAACAACUACAACAACAACAACAACUACAACAACAACAACAACAAUAAUAAUAAUAUUGAUAUGAACAAUAGUAAUGACAUUAAUACCAAUAGCAGUAAUGGUAAGCAGCCCCAGGGUGACAUUGAAAGUGGAAAGCAUCAGGUCAUCAUUCCAGUUCCUGGUUAUAACAAAACUGCCAGCAAAAAUUAUAAUACUGAUAAGAAACCUGAAGAUGAUGAUGAUGACAGCAUUAAGAACCAUGCUGACCUUGCUGGUGGUGUUUGUAGAAGAUUGAAAUGUGUUGCCGACGAUGAUGAUGAUGAUGAUGAUGGUGAUGACGACGAUGAGGAUAACAUUAAUGCGGCAUUCCUCGGAAGUUUGAGUAGUAAGAAAAGUAACAAAAGUAGCAGGAAGAAGAAAGAGAGUAAAAAUAAAAAGACGAAGAAGAGGAGGGAUGAUGAUGCAACAGAGGUCUCCAGUAGCGUCAACAACUUAUUGCCAGGUAACAUUGGCAGAAACAAUGACAACCUAAAGAGUGACGUCAUCAGCAACAACCAGUUAACCAGCUACCACUUGAGUGAAAGUAGCACGGGCAACAACGGACACAGUUCAGCUGUUAGGAAGGCUAGAGAUGGCCGAACCUUUCUGAAUCUCAUGUACGAAAAUAUAGAAAAGAAAAGCAAGGACACCGAGGAAACAUCAUUCCAGCACGAUUCAAAAGUUGGAUGUGGUGUUCCACUGCAGGUCACCACCAUCCUACCGCCUCUCAUGACCUCAACUGGGCAACAGCCCGGCUCGAAACGUUGGCAACAACAUCAGCAGCAACAAAUCCUUAAACAACAGCUUGGAAAACAACUGAACGAAAGGGAUGAAGAGCAAGCAAAACGACAGCAAGAUCUUCUCCACAAAACCAACUCAUCUUCCAUGUUCCCACUAUUGGAUAUUUACUCCUCCGUGAAAACUCCCGUCAUGCCAUCCAGAGUCUUUGGUACCCCCGUCGUUGUCGCUACUGUAGCUGCCACUGUGAUCACACCUGCGACAAACAGCUCGAGUGUCUCCUUCAUUAGUUUGUCUCGCUCGGGGAACAGCUCCGACGCGUCGUUGGCGUUCUCAUCUCUUGCCGGCAGUAAGGUUGAUGUCGACAACCACAACAGCAGCAGAAACAACGUCAUUAAUGUCAGCUGCAACCUCACUGACGACAUUGGUGAUGACAUUAACGACAACAGUAAAUGUAACAGCAGUGAUGACAACGGUCUAAAAAGUAGGAAUGAAUUUGACUGUUAUGGAAGCGUUCAGGUGAAUGUGAUCAACAAAAAGUCGCCACUGAUAACGUCGUCGUCAUCAUCACCAUCACUAUGUUUUUUAGCAUUGCCGGUUCAGAGUCCAAGUCAGUCAUCAUCAUCAUCGCCACCAAUGACUACAUCAUCGUCAUCAUCUUUUUUCACACCUUCAUCAUCGCCACUUCCAAUAGCAGUACCGACAGCAGCCACAACUUCAGCAGCAGCAGGACCACUGUUGCUAUCAUUAAUUACCCCGCCGACUCCAUCGUUAUCGUCGUCGUUGUCUCCGAAGCUACUUCCAAAGACACCACCGCCAGCAGCCUCAUCAUCUCCAUUCAAGUCAUCCAUCUUACCAUUCUUGUCAUCCUUACCAGCACCGACAUCAUUAUCAUUACCGGUUCCAACGUCAUUGUCAGCAUCCUUAUCAUCAUCAUCAGUGGCGGUUCCAGCAGUAUCAUCAUCAUCAUCAUCCACAUCAUCAUCAUCAAUACCAAUUCAAACAUCAUCAUCAUUAACAGCAUUUUCGAAUGUUUUAACAUCUCUGCCGUUUAACUAUAGCGGCUCCAAUGAUGAUGAUGAAGAAGAAGAUGAUGAUGAAGAAGAAGAAGAAGAUGAUGAUGAUGAUGAAGAAGAAGAUGAUGAUGAUCUUGACGGUAUUGACGAUGAUAGUGAUGAUGACGCUGGUGGUGGCGUCAUCAAAAUGGCUGGCAACACGAUUAAGAGCGGCAGGAGAGUGGCCGAAGACGUCGACGACGCGUACACCGGCUGCAGGAGGCAGAACGUUUUCCCUGUCCUCAUCGACAACAGGCUCAUCAACAAACCUGCUGGCCAAAUACUAUACACUCCUGAGGACGAUGAUGACGAACGUGUCGUUGUUCGUCCUGAUGUUCUUCAUCAUGGUGAUGUUGUUCGCCAAGGUGAUGCUGUUCGCCAUGGUGAUGCUGUUCGCCAUGGUGAUGUUGUUGUAAGUGGUGAUGACUCGAAUUAA